AUGAAAUUCGGAAAAGAAUUUAGGAUAUAUUUAGAAGAAAUUCUACCCGAAUGGAGGGACAAGUAUUUGUGCUACAAGCUCCUAAAGAAGCUCCUCAAGACCAUACCGGCCGGCGAUUCUGCCUUGAAUCCUCCGCCGACGGACGGCAAUGAUACGGCACCGAUCCUGUCGUUGCAGACGCUUCAGGAUUGGUUCGUUGGGAUUCUCAAUGACGAACUCGAAAAGUUCAACGAUUUCUACGUCGAUAAAGAGGAAGAUGUCAUCAUUCGCUUCCAGGCGCUAAAGGAAAGAAUUGAUUUAGUGAAGGAGAGGGGCGGCGAAGAUGGAGUGUUUACCUCGGAGACUGAAUUCAGUGAAGAGAUAAUGGAAAUCCGUAAGGACUUCGUCGCCAUUCAUGGGGAAAUGGUUCUGCUAAAAAACUAUAGCUCUCUUAAUUUGGCAGGUCUGAUUAAGAUUCUGAAGAAAUAUGAUAAAAGAACAGGGGGAUUGUUGUGCCUACCUUUUAUACAGCUUGCCCUUCGUCAGCCGUUCUAUACAAUCGAACCUCUCACGAGAUUAGUUAUUGAGUGCGAGGCAAAUAUCGAACUCCUCUUCCCACUUGAAGCAGAAGUCGUUGAAUCUACUGCUGUUGAACAGGCCAAGACAGGCGCAGAGCCUGCUAACGAUGCUUCAAGUAUUUCAGAGACAGCCCCGUUCCCUGAGGAGGAAGCUGUGGGUAUAAGCCGAAGCAUCGAUGCUGCAUUGAGAGCUGUAGAGGCCCUUAGAAAGGCGAGCUCUACAAACAAUCCCUUAUCCUUUUCGUCUCUCUAUGGAAGUUGGGAUAAUGACGGUACGGGUGCGGUAACAGCAGAAAAUUCGCCAUGUGAACCUUUAGAUACUUUGGACAAUGAGGAGGAUGCAAAUGAAGAUGUUACCAAUUCCCCCAAAUAA